CCAUUGGCAAGAUCUUCAACCCAAGUUUCACAGAAAACCAUGGCCUCCACAGCCUGUGCUUCUUCUGCCAUUGCAGCUGUUGCUUUCUCUUCUCCAAGCUCCCAGAAGAGUGGAUCAGUUGUUGGAUCAACCAAGGCUUCUUUUCUUGGUGGGAAGAAACUGAGGGUUAGCAAGUUCAGUGCACCAACUGGGGCGCGAUCGUUCGGCACGGUCUGCGUUGCAGCCGACCCUGACCGACCUCUUUGGUUUCCUGGCAGCACCCCUCCAGAAUGGCUCGAUGGCAGCCUACCGGGAGAUUUCGGCUUCGAUCCUCUUGGUCUAGGAUCUGAUCCCGAUACCUUGAAAUGGAACCAACAAGCCGAACUAGUACAUUGCAGAUGGGCAAUGUUAGGAGCGGCCGGGAUCUUCAUCCCCGAAUUCCUAACCAAAAUCGGAAUCCUGAACACUCCUUCAUGGUACACGGCCGGCGAACAAGAAUACUUCACCGACAAAACCACACUGUUCAUCGUUGAGCUUAUCUUCAUCGGUUGGGCCGAAGGAAGAAGAUGGGCUGAUAUUAUCAACCCUGGGUGCGUUAACACCGACCCCAUCUUCCCCAACAACAAGCUCACCGGCACAGAUGUCGGGUACCCAGGUGGCCUGUGGUUCGACCCACUCGGAUGGGGAAGUGGCUCGCCUCAAAAACUCAAGGAACUGAGGACAAAGGAGAUCAAGAAUGGAAGAUUGGCCAUGUUGGCCGUGAUGGGCGCUUGGUUCCAAGCGAUCUAUACCGGAACCGGACCCAUUGACAACCUCUUCGCUCACCUUGCUGACCCCGGUCACGCCACCAUUUUUGCUGCAUUCAAGGGGUAAAUAGCAAGAAAGAAGUGUUGGGAAGUGAAAGAAUGAAGAGUUUUUGGGCAAGUGAUUGUGUGUUUAUUAUGAUUAGAAAUUGUAUGGUAUCUCUGCUGUAGAAAACCUAAUUAAUGCAAUGUACAAACACCCUCUUUCAACUCAAAGUGCAUGCAUCAUC